AUGACGAAUGAAUCCGAUCAGCCCCAGGCUCGUCGACGGCAUGCGGUCGACAAAUACGGCCCCAAAUUUGUCGAUAAGACAGGCAAACUGCAUGACCAAGCUGUCGCUAUGAAGAAGACUGCUAGCAGUGGAGAACAGAAGCCUGCAGGGGGUUUCGACAGUACGCCAAUCCCCCAUGCACCGCCAGGUUAUACGUUGAAAUUCACGUUUCAUCGCGGGAUCAAUCUUCCAUGUGCGGAUUUCGGCAGUUUCUCCUCUGAUCCAUACGUGCGGGCUCAGCUGCUUGUUGAUCUGCCACAGCGGCACAAGCAGGAUCCGAUCGUGACUUUCAGGACCCCUACGAUCCGCAAAAAUCGUGAUCCUGUAUGGGGGAGUGAGUGGAUUGUUGCCAAUGUACCCGCAUCAGGCUUCGAGCUCAAGUGCCAUGUUUACGACGAGGAUGCGAACGACCAUGACGAUAAGUUGGGAGUCGCGUACGUUGAGGUCGGGUCAAUCGACGAGAAUUGGUCUGGGUUCAAGGAGCAAACAUUCAAGGUCAAGAAGCGACUGGGUAGCAAGCGGGUCUACCUGUUUGGGAAUGUCGCCGCCUUCGCUUCGCGACGCCUCGAUCUGGGCUCGCACUUGGUCAUCAGUGUCGAGUGCUUGGGGAAAACCCCGGGGAAGGAGGGUGGACACAUGUAUACCGUCGGGCCGAACUAUUGGUUCAAACACUUUUCGCCAUUGAUCGGACGACUGACGGGAACGAAAGACGAGGUGCAAACUGCGGAUGGCAAGAAGGCCACCAGCCGCUACAAUUUUCAAGCCAUUCAAAUUCAGCUACAGGGCCCUGUGCCGGCCGAGUUGUACCAUCGUUAUGUCGAGUUCAAACCUUUUGUGGCGGGCAUGUUCACAUCACGGAGCCUUAGGGGUCGUAUACUAAACCGGGCCCUUCAUCAUCAGCAUGAGCGGAUAUACAAUUUCGAUCGAGCCACCCUCAACGGUCAAUUCCCUGGUCCGUGUACCGAGUUCACUCAAAAAUUCCUCGAAUUUUGCCACUACGCCCAGGGUGGUCGUAUUUUCACCUACGUCCUCACGCUCGACGGGCAGUUCCGCUUUACCGAGACAGGAAAGGAGUUUGGUAUUGAUUUGUUGAGCAAACACACUAUGCACAGUAAUGUGUCCAUCUACAUUGCCUAUUCUGGCGAGUUCUUUGUGCGCCGACUGAAGCACCGGCACUGUCACGACGCAUCAGAGACCGAGAUUCCCGUCGAAGAGCCGCCGGCAGAGACCGCUACGGAAAUCUCAACGGACCCGAGAGAGUAUGAGCUUUUCAUUGAUAAUGACAGCGGAACAUAUCGUCCGAACGCCAAAUAUCUUUAUCUGCUGAAGGAAUUCUUCUCAAAGAACUUUGUCGGCCUGCGUGUGACCACCUUGGAUUGCCAGGAAGACGCAGAGCGAAUGGGAGAGCUGAAGAAUGAGCAAAGGGAAUUCAAAAAGAAAGAAGCAGGCCAAAUGACCUUCCUCCAACAAAGCAGCACCUCGUCGUUUUCCAUCUCGAGUUCAGACGAAGAUGAGCUUAACGAACGGAGCGGCACCGCGUCCAAGAAACGAGGCGAUUUCUCCCGGAAAGUACACGAUAUGCGUGACGUCAAAGGGCAGGUCAUGAAAUGGGCGCAAGGAGAUGAGCAUUAUGUUGAAGCAGGCAAUCACCAUGGCUACCAUCCCAAUACGUCCGUGGAGAACCCCAGUUCCUCACAUGGCGCAACCGGGCGUAAUCCAUAG